UUCCGAAAGCCGUGGGCCGGAAGUCGCCUUGGUGGCUUGAGAGAACAUAGAACCUAGAAAGUAGACUGUAGAAUAUAGAAUAGAUGCGCAGCAGCUAGAGGGGAAAAGUCCGCUAUGGCUGAGACCCACAGCUUACAGGACCUCCAGCAGCCAGCUGUCUCCUCCAAGGUGUUCAUCCAAAGAGACUACAGCUCAGGCACCAUAUGCAAGUUCCAGACCAAGUUCCCCUCAGAGCUCGAGUCACGGAUCGAUAAGCAGCAGUUUGAGGAGACCAUUCAGACACUAAACAACCUGUAUGCAGAGGCAGAAAAACUCGGGGGGAAGUCGUACCUAGAGGGCUGUCUGGCUUGCCUAACGGCCUACACCAUCUUCCUCUGCAUGGAGACACAUUAUGAAAAGGUGUUAAAGAAGAUUGCCAGAUACAUUAAGGACCAGAAUGAGAAGAUAUAUGCUCCCAGGGGCUUGCUGCUGACUGACCCCAUAGAGAGAGGCCUCCGAGUUGUUGAAAUUACCAUCUUUGAAGACAGAAGUAUUGGCUCUGGAAGAUAAAAGAAUCACAUGAAUUUUUCCUCUUUCUUCCGUCACCCUGUAGGCUGAAGAUCCCUCAUCUGUCUGACAGCACAUAUUCAGAAGACUUCUGCUUCACCUAAUAUGUUGUAUAUAAUUUUAAACUGAUUCUUUUUUUCUGUUAUUUAUAAGUGCUCUACUGUCUGCCUAAUCUUAUACAUUUAUAAAUGUGUUUUCGUGUCUUUUUAUACGCAUCAUGACCUAGUUAAUCAAGACCAGUCUCAGUGAAUUGUGCCAUUGUGUUAAAUGCCACUUUCUGAUUAUAGUAAUUCAGUGUAACUUGACUCAUGUAUUUUAUUAAAGGUGUAAAGUAAAAAAAACACAAAAAACAAAAA